AUGGCGAGUUCACCUCCGGCACCCUCCCCAGCGAGCCUGCCAAACACCAAAAAGAGAGCGUCGAUUGGAUCUCAAGGACCAGCGCAAGGCGCUUCGAAGCGACCCAAACUGCAUCCCUUGAGACAAACCUCAUUUCCCGCCCAAGACCUGACCAAACGACCCGGAUCGACGGCCACAAGUGCACGCUCCGAGACAGGGAGCCUGGUGUCUGGCGUGAGCAGCAAAGUGGCAGGUCGAGGAAGAGGCAGGCCCAGAAAGUCGGCUCAACUCAAUGAUGAAGAUGUUCGCUCCACCCAUCAACCACCAGCCGACACGCGCAGUCAGGUUGAAGGGGGUGGGAGGACCACAGGGCGCGGUACGAAGUCGGUGGUCAGUGCAAGAUCGGGUGCGGCGGAGGCUGAAGAAGACGACGAAGGUGACAUUGACGGGAUGCUUGAGAACAUGGACGAGCAGGAAAGACGGCAGGCCGAGGAGGAAGAGUUGCGUCAAGAACAACGUCGUGACCGGCUGGCGGAUCAACUCGACCCGGAUCAAUACUCUCGAUACAACCAGUGGCGAGCUCUGUCGUUGAACAAUACUACGGUCAAACGACUCGUAAACUCGAUCGUGUCGCAGUCCGUGACUUCGGCGCCGUUGCAGGCGGUCCGAAUCUACGGCAAAUACUUUGUUGGUGAGAUCGUGGAACGAGCUCGGGAAGUACAGGUUGAAUGGGCCAAGGCAUACGAUGUCACAAGGGAGGAAGACAGAGAGCGACGACGGGAGCGACUGAAAGAGCUCGAAGAAAAAAGGAAGCAAAGUACCACCGUCGACCUACAGUCUCGCUUGGUGACCAGGGACAUUGAAAGACUGAAGAAAGAGAUCACCGAAUACAUUCCCAAUCCGCAUAGAGGAGGACUACUGCCGGACCAUUUGCGGGAGGCUCUGCGAAGAUACAAGGCUGACGGCGAAGGUGGCGGCGUCGGGUUUUCAGGUAUGAGCCAUGGAUUGUUGGGGAUUCCUGGCUCGGUCGCAUGGCGGGUUGGAGAAGGCUCUACCGGAAGACGUCUCCUCAGAUGA